AAAGUUCACCAAAAGCUAGAACACCCCAUUCACUCAGAUCCUCAGCUCCAUAGGAUUCUGAAUUUUUACAUAUCGAGAAGGAAGAUUUUGAUGGAAGCAGCAACAACCAGAAUUUCACCGAGCAUCGCUCUCUCCGGUAAUGGACUCAAGGCGAGAACCGAGCCUUCGCCGCCUUCUUCUUCCCCGUACUCGCCGCUGCUCGUCCGGUCCAUGGCCGCUCAGAAGCCCUUGCCCUCCGCUGCCAAGACCGUCGGCUCCAGAAAGAUGCAGAAUGGAACGGUGGUGUUCCCUCUCGGAGAACCAGGACCGAAGACCGUCUUUACGAACGGCAAUGCUCCGCCAAUUAAGCUGCUGACGAGGGUGGAGCAACUGAAGCUACUCACCAAAGCGGAGAAGGCGGGCCUGCUGUCGGCUGCUGAGAAGUUUGGCCUCUCCCUGUCGUCGAUCGAGAAGUUGGGUCUCCUCUCGAAGGCGGAAGAGCUUGGAGUCUUGUCGGCGGCCACCAACCCAGCCACCCCGGGCGCUCUGUUCACGAUCAGCCUUGGUUUGCUGCUGCUUGGUCCCGCUUGUGUCUACCUGGUCCCUGAGGACUACCCCUGGGAAGUAGCAGCUCAGGUUCUCGUAGCUUUGCUUUGCACAGCAGGCGGGUCUGCAGCCUUUGCCGUGUCGAAUUUGGUGUCCAACUUGCAAAAAUCACAAUGAUUUGGGUCACCUGGAUUUGUAAUUGAAACUAGGGACGCGAUCCUGCUGAGUUUAAUCAAGAGUGACUGCCUU